GAAGAUGAUGUCGACGACGGCAUGACAAAAGCCUUAAAUGUACGUACUAAUAUAUUCAUAUUUUGCAUCUACUCCCCCACGCCCAGUCCCACCCUCUUACUUUGGCAGCCCCAAUUGUGCUAUAUAUAGGUUGUUGAAUUGAAGUCAUGGGGAUCAUAUUUAAAGUAUACGCUCGCUUAAUAUCCGUAUUACGUAUGCAGUGAAGUGAUCAAUUUUUUGAAGUUAUUGCAUCCUAUUCUUGACGUUACAUGACGUUCUUGCUCUUUCGUGCCUAGUCCCCGGCCGAGUUAUAUUGAGGAAACAGUACUAAAUCCAUGUCAGUUUGUCGGAUGUAAAGAUUUUUAGGAAACUGUCGUCAGCUCGAGCAAUCGACGAUUCUUUGUUUUUAUUCGAUUUUGAUUCGAUUUUAUUUAUUUCGUAUUGCGCUCGCAUGAUUUCUUCUCAGGAUUUCAGUUACGAGCUUAUUUACAUGCAGUAUGUUGGAUUUUCAUGAUGCAAACGAUCUACAAUAUUUUAAAUAAUUCAGGUAAGGAUAACUUUAUUUCUUUCUGGUUAUAUACAUGAAGGCAUUUAUAUUUAGAUCUGCUGUUUAGUGUUCGAUAUAGAGGUAAUGCCUCUAUAUUGAAACAAUAUGAUUUCAUGAUUCGAUACAGGAUUCAAAAACUCAUUAAUAAUUCAUGAAGCAAUUAUCCAAUCUUGAGUAAGAAAUUAGUCACGUGCAUACGUCUUUAUACCAGCUAAAGAACACUUUAACAAAAGACCAUUGUUAUGCUAACUAUAUAAAUAUUUUUAUAUAAAUAUUUUUAUAUAAAGAUUUUUAUAUAAAGAUUUUUAUAUAAAGAUUUGACUUAUUAUGCAAACGUUUUUGAAGUACUAUUUAAAAAACGAGCAGGAGUGUUUUAUAAUAAAACACGACCUGCGAGUUUUUUAAAUGGCUUCAAAAACGUUUGCAUAAUAAGUCAAAUUUUUAUAUAAAAAUCUUUAUAUAGUUUGCAUAACAAUGGUCUUUUGUUAAAGUGUUCUUUAGCUGGUAUAAAGACGUAUGCACGUGACUAAUUUCUUACUCAAGAUUGGAUAUUAAUUGCUUCAUGAAUUAUUAAUGAGUUUUUGAAGUACUAUUUAAAAAACUCGCAGGUCGUGUUUUAUUAAAUAGUACGUCAAAGUUUGUGUGGCGAUGUGCCAAGGCGAUGCGUUUAUAUUAUAGUGUUCAUUUUAGAUGUCAAUGUGCUUUCAGCAUGUUUUAAAAACAAACGCGGAAUGUUGUGUAUGCACGUCAUAAUAAUCAGGCUUAAUGUAAAGAUAUUCCUAUAACAACCUAGACUUUCCAAAGUCCUUUGCAGACCCUUCUAUGGCGCGCUUCACCGCUAGGGUCGCGCGCUCCCUCCCCCGCGCCCUCCCUCCCCCAUGGCACAGAGUAUACAGAGGCGGAACUCGCGGCGAUUCCUUUGUUCUUUGUGUCCCCCGUGCAACGUCAUUUCCACGCGCCACGCAAAUUGCUCUGGCAAGUGUCAUUCGUCGUGUUUUCAGUCAAAAGCAUAUGAAAAACACCGUUCGAAAGUAGAAAAAUAAAUAUUUUUGCGAAGUUGCUCCACCGAUCUUCAUUUUGGGACUCAAAUUUGAAAGAUAAAUGGUAAGUGGUUAUUUUCAUGUAAAAAGAUGUACGUUUAUAGACUAAAUACAAAUAAAAAAUAGUAUAAUCUUUGUACCGCAUGGCCAUAUUUUACAGUCUCGGUGUUUGUGAUGUUCUGCCAAGAAGCAGAUUCCCAUCUCGCUAAAUUAAUGGCCAAACGUAUUGCUUUCCUGUCUUUUACAUUAAUAAGAAAGCAUGGUUGCUGAUUUGAAACACUUCCAUUGCACACUUCCAUCAGGUUCCAUGUAGCUUUGGGAUUUGUGAGCAAAAAUUAAAAGUUAAACUACCUAUGUUUUUAAUACUUUCUGUACGUGCAACUGUUUUAAUAAGCACAUUCACAAAUGUAUUCUCCAGCAAAGAAACGUUUCUUUACGGAUUGUUAAUCCGCCUGCACUGCUUAUGCCUUCAAAGGUCAGAGGUCUUGAACAUGCAGAAUAGCAGAGACUACUGUCAUUGACAUCCUUUGUCACAAAAUUAUGAUGGCAUAUUGGGCAGCUAUGUUGGAUAAGGCACUUGCUAAAUAGUCUGACACAUAAGUUAAUGCAGACUAAGUUUUGUUCAAUUUCAUUUGUUUUGUAGUCGGUAUCUUCAACUGCUUGGAUUAGUGGAGGGCUUGUCUGAUCAUUUCCUGCAGAUAAAUCAGAUUGGCUAGAGUGAAAUGCAAUCAAAUAGGCAUCAGAAUCGUCAGCACAGUUGGCAGAUGAAAGCGGUGUCAAAAUAUUAUCUACAAAUAAUUUGCAAAAUGCUCUGGUAGUAGUGAAUAAAGGCCGGUUCUAGCCCAGUUUUCCAAAAAUUCAAUUAUGACGUCAUCACAGCUUCUAAAACUUUUUUUUUUUAAUCCUUCCGAGAGAGCCGAUAGUGUCCUAUUGCCAGUGUGUUUAUUUUGUCGUCCAAAAUUAUUCGCUUGUCGUCGUUUGCCGAAAGUGUCCUAUAGAGAUCCUCAUAUACAAUAAAGUAUGGGAAGAGAGGACAUGUUCGAACAUUACACUAAGGAGAGGGUGUACAACCAGGAGCCGAAGGCGGAACCACAUCAGAAACGAUGCGAUGUUUGUAGAAUUUGGGCUAGCCGGAAGGGUAUCACCAAGGAUUUCUGGUGCAAGCACAUGAAACACAACCUCAAGUAUUACAGAUAAUUUUUUAAUGGAUUUGAACCAUCAAAAAAAUUAUGUCUACCCCCCUCCCUCUGAUGUGUCGGACGGUUGGGUAGCCUUUGAGCUGAUCACAUGUUUUCCGACAGUGAUUCCGCCACUUAGUAUUCCGAUGAGUGGGAUGUAUGGUGUUAUGUAACUGACGAGGUUUUUUAUGUCUUUUCUAAGCAGAUCGUUUUCCUCCAGUUCUUUUUUCAUUCCUUCAGAAUCCUUAACAGCAUCCAACGCUUCCAUGAGUUCAGAAAACUUGGUGAUGAUAACGUCAGCCAGUUGGUUGUUCGUGUUUUCCAGCUGUUGCCUUUCGUAGUCUUUAUAUAUAUUUUCCAGCGUCUUUUCGGAUGCCUUCUUGAUAUAUUUUGAGGUGUACUUGAUUUCACCCGCAUCGACCAGCUUCAGUAGAUUUUCCCUUAGAUCGCUUGCGACAGGUGUUUCGGACGUCUCGGGUUCUACAGAUUCGAAUAUGGUUUCCAUUCCUUUAUUUAAUGUGUGGAAUAAUUGUUUCGUGGGUAUAGGGUCGGCGUAAUAGUAUUUCCAGUCUGGCGUAGUCGUUGUUUUUUAGCGUAUUAAUGAUUUCCUUCCUUUCUUCUUUUUCCGUGUUUGCAAGGUAGUCGUUCAAUAUGAUGUCCGUAUCCUUUGCGCUUGGGUUGUAGAAUGUUAUGAGUUUGGAUAUAUUUUCCCUAUAGGGUUUAGCAACGGAUGUAAGCUGUUGGGUAAUGACAAUGGUCGAUAUUCCCAUAUGCCUAGCGCUAAACCCUAGUUUUACCAAUUCGCUGGUUCUGUUUUUGACGGAUUGACUACUAGCACAGUCGUCAAGGACGAUUAGACUGUUCGUUCCUUCUGCAAACCGUGAAACGUAUUCUAAGCAUUGGUUCACAUCAUCCUGUCUACAGGGUGUGACUAUAAAUCCUUAUCUUUAUUGUAUUUCCAGCUCUGAUACGUUUUAUUCCAUUCGUAUGUGGGACAUAUUAGGAAUAUGUACUCAAAGUGGUUUUUAUAGUCGUUCUCCAACAUUUCCAGUAGGUAGUAGGUUUUUCCACAUCCGGUCAUUCCAAGAAUGAUCAUGUUGAAUGGUGUUUUCAGCGGUUCCAUCCUUUUAUUUAAUAACUAAUACCCUGAAGGGUCUUUUCGCUGAUGUUUAUGAGUCCAUCGGAUAGCACAAAGAUGUUACAGAGGAUGUCUUCGGACAUCGCGUCGGUUUCGAUCUCAAGAAGAAUUCCGGGGUUAUCGCCUAGGAUCUUUUUUCCACUUCCAACGACAUGGCUGUCAUCAACGGCUCUCAUAUCGAUCACCAGUGCAAAUUUGCUUUUGUAGAAUUUCCUGACGCUUAUGUUGUCGUUAUACAGACGUUGUUGGCUAUUCCGAAUAGUCUUUUUGCUUCGUCGUAGAAAUUUUCGUAUGUUAGACCCUGGCUAUAUACAGCAUUUGGCUUUCCCUCUAUCGUGACCUUUACCUUCUCGAUACUUGGGAAGACGUAUUCUUCGCUGUCGGUUACUGUUCUUUUUCUGAAAAGUAGGACCACGGCCCUCAUGCUUUCCCUCGGAACGUUUACGGUUUCGUUGAACCUUGUAGAACCCUUUGACCACACGGUUGUUUUCAACAGUGUUGUGUGUUCGUAGGACAGGGAUCUACCGGUCUCGUAUCCUUCGUUUACCCGUUUAGCUAGUUCCUCGUUCUCGAUGGUUUCGUAUUCCAGAUGUAUGUUCUUCAAUGUAUAUCUUUCCACCUUUUCACCUGACUGUGCAACCAUAAUCUUGUCGGCUUUUGGAAGGGUUAUCGUGUACUCGAAUCCGCUCUUCAUGUUGUACGGUGCAUAGGGACCGUGAUCGUUGAGGAUUUUUCCGAGUUUCAUCUUCUGUUCUUUGUAUACCUUCGCCAUCACCAGGUCGUAGUCACCUUCCGUUUUUGCGGUCUGAUCGGCACUGUCGUCCUUUGACAAUAGCUUUCUUGUGUUUUCGUUCAUAAUUCCGUAUUCUAUCAUGUUUGCUCUUUUCGUGUCCAUCUUCCAGAGGUCCUUGUAGACUUCGAUGAGACUUUCACCAUUAUUUUCGUAUACUAUUUCACCACCCACCUUUAUCAUGAGCCGCUCGCAUAGGAGUUUACCGAGAUUAUUCAUAAAACAGGAUUUGGUGUUUUCGUUCUUGAACUCGUACGACAUACGAAAUGAGUCUGGAACGAUACAGGUGUUCGGUUCCAGUUUUGGAACUACAAUCCGGAUGUCGUUCCCGGGGUUGGAUUCGUUUGGCUUGAAUGUAACGAAGUUACAUACUCUGUUCCCUACAAUGUCGGAGGUCAGUGCCCUUUUAAAACCGGGCGUAAGUUCUUGACUUCUCUUUUCCAUUCCUUUUAUUAUACUGACUAAUUAUUAAAUUUUUCGAACUUUGGUUUGGGUUCGCUUUGCCUAGGGUUCGGCUCAUCCUGUACUUGUGGUGGUUCUGUUGUGUGAUUAGACUUGUCCGUAGGUCUAACCCUACAGUAUAUGCAGUAGAUUCCUCCUAACGUAACUGCUGCGACUCCGACGUAAAUUAGCGUAUUUACCAAAUCACCUUGAUCGGAACUAUUUUCGAUGCUACGUCUUUCUUCAGCCUUCCUUGCUUUUGCUUCCCUAGAUAUUGCUGCCAGUCUUUUACCUGAUUCUACCCUUCUUGGAUCCUUUGGUUUUUGGGUAUUUUCUGCUUUUGUUAUUGUCGGUUCAUCCAUCCUUUAUUUAAUAUACUUACUUUUUUUUAGAAUUUCUAAUCAAAUUUAGUCAGAGCUAGUUGUAACAUAACUUUAACUAGAUUUUAGCAUAACUUUAACUAGGUUUAGCAUGUAGUUAAAUUCUAGUCAGAUUCUAGUCAAAUUUAGUCAGAGCUAGUUGCAACAUAACUUUAACUAGAUUUUAGCAUAACCUUAACUAGGUUUAGCAUCUAGUUAAAUUCUAGUCAGAUUCUAGUCAGAAUCGGUUGCAGCAUAACCUUAAGUAGAUCCAGAGUCAUGUAAUAAAAGAUAUGGAUAUCCCUAUAACAUCAUUAGAAGAGAAUCAUCAAUCAGGAUCAUACCCUUUGGAUUGGUUAGCCUGCUUCAAGCAGGCGGAGAAGGAGUACCUGGAUCACCUCGCUUUAAAAGAACCUAUGAAGUUUCCAAACAGAGACUUCUGCUCUGAGGGGUAUAGACAUCAUCUUAUCUCCACAGACGGGUUUCGAACGUGUUGUUCGUGUAGGUUGGUUGUUGACAGGGUCUGCAGUCCCGGUUACGACUGUUUAAACACUACAAUUAUGAGACGUGAGCAGAUGUAUGUUGAUAGAAUUUUCGAAUCAUUUUGUACCAAAAGAAAUAUAUCAUAUUAGGAUCUACCGGCAAGAGAGAGGUGUUUAAUAGUGGGUGACCUGUGCGAAGUUCGUGAAGCAGAAAAACCUGAAAGAAAGAGGCUUCCUAAUCUUAAUAUUCUGACUUAUCAGAUAUGUAAAAGACAUAACAUAAAGUUGAACAAGAAGCUGCUCAUCAUUCCAGUCGAUAGAACCAUACACGAUCGGUGUAGAAGAGUAUUCCAAACGCUGGGCUGGGAAUAUAUCGAGUACUGUCAUCAGAACAAGACAGUUGUAAAAAAGAGAACCGUGAAGGAUUUGGGAAUGUCAGACAUCGACUUCAGAUACAGAGGUUUCUGUAAGAGGAUGGGAAUAAUAUUAUCAGUAGAGGAUAUAAGUAAGAUCAUGGAAGACAUCAAAAAAGUGUACGACGCGGAGGAACCAAAAAUGGAAUCACUUCCUAACCUCGACAUCCUAACUUACCAAGCAUGUAAAAGACAUAACAUAAAGCUGAACGAGAAGCUUCUUAAUAUUCCAGUAAGCAGAGCUUCACACGAUCGGUGUAAAAAAAUAUUCCAAACGCUGGGUUGGGAUUACGUUAGAUAAUUCUAACGCCGGGAUGGGUAUAAGGACAGUGGGAACUAAAUGUAAAUACACCAGUCAUCGUCCCUGUAGGCUGUGAUGUAUACCUAACGGUAUAUAGUUCUGUGACGUGGGGGACUGGUAAAAGUAUGUACAUCAAAUAAAUUUUAAUGCUUAGUAAGCAUUAAAAUUGUAAUAGUAAUUUAAGGGCGAUGAUGAUGAGAAGAAUUUCAACCGUUAUCGGGAUGAGUAGACAGAACACCAGACUCAUCCAUACCAGUCUCCGCAGUAUUCGGGUUCUGAUCAUUUAUUUUAGCGUAGUUUUUUACCGUUGUGCUGACAUAUCCAAUUUGGGUGUGAGCGUUGAUAGUGAGAUCACCGCGUUCUAUACCGAUUCCGAAACUGAACAUUUUCCUUUUCCGGUGGUUUUUGUCGUACUUCACUUCAUUUGUGGUCUCAGGUUUUGCGUGUAAACAUCCCAUUGUAUUUAUUCUUCUUUUUAUUUUUCGCUGACUUCAGUUUUUCUUCCUUCACAGUCUUUGCUGACGGUCCCGCUUUGUCUUCCUUACACGACGUAACGUACUUGAUGUUGGUUGUCUUGGAUUUGACGUAACCGAGAUUCAGCCCACCUUUACUGAGUUUUAUAUCGACGUUGACGGUUUUAUCCCUUUUUAAAUUUCCCUUAACUUUGUUACUGUCGCUAUUCAUCCUUUUAUAUUAAUGCGAAAAGAAAAUCCAUCUUGAAGUGAUAACCCCACCAACAAACAUAGUGCCGAGAAGGUAAAUCAGAUUGUUUGAUGCUUUCGGUAGUAUGCUUACCGUGUUAGGAUGUGGUAUGGGGUUCUGGUCUUUGCGAGGUAUAGGGUUUUUGAACUUUUGCAUCCGGACUCUUUUUUACCUCCUUAGGCUUUGUGAAGUUAACGUUCGUAUUACUACCAAACUUCAUGUCCUUUGUUGCUAGUGUGAGUGUAUUGUUGUAACCCGCUACUUUUUCCUUGAGUAUAAUCAUAUUGGAUGGUAUUAAUAUUAGUCCGGGUGAUAUUGCCAUGUUAAGUACAGCGUUAGUAUCCUUUAUUGCUUUCCUCAUAUUGGAGAUGGAUACCGAUAUAUCGUCUUGCGCAAUGGUACCUUUGAAAAGUUUGUGAAAUACGUCCUGAGUCUGCAGGGACUUCGCCCCCUUACCAACGAUAGACCAACGUGUUUGUGCUUGCGCACCUAAUACGCAGUAAACAUAACUUUCGACAGAUUGUUGAAGUAACUUUAGUCCCAGAGGUGUCAACCCGUCUGAUUUCUUAGCUAUGAAUUGUGUGUAGUCCGUAUCACUGUUGUUAGUGACCUUGUCUACUUCCUGAUAGCUAAUUCCCAUUACACCACCGGUACGGUAGUACGAAUACUUGUAGUUUCUAACCCUACUCUUAUCCGGAAGUCUGCUAUGCCAGAGACCUAUUUCCAUUUGUCCUCGGUGGAACUUGUUAACCCACGUUUUUUGUAUGGGUAUGUUUCUCUGCAGGGAUUUUAGCAUAUCCUUCGUUACGUACUUUCUCAUUUUGCUUGGAUUUCUGAGGAACCUACGCAUGUGGUAGUAUAGGUGAUACCUAGCAAUACUUGUGAUUACCUUUGAGGUUCCCUUGCUUUCCAGCAGAGUUCCGUACUUAUCCCACACUUAUACGUGAUAAUGUAAGCAGCUAGUAUCGAUGCAAAAUAGGGGACGUUUAUAUAAUCAAACUUUACCCUGGUGAUAUCCUUUGCGGUACCGGUCCACUUCGUGUCAAGGUCGGCGAAGUUGGAUACGAAGCUGUUGUGGGAGUUGUUAAUACAGUCGCAAACGUAAAUUUCGAACUUUAUUUAUUCUGUACGGAAGUGGAUCCCUGUUUUGUUUAAAGGUUUGAACGGUUCCGUAAUUACCCCAUAUCCUCUCCCAUUGGUAAAGGUACCACGUCCACUUUUUAUUUCUCUUGAAUGUGUUGGAUUUGAUGUCGUAACUUUCCGUAUCCGUAAUCUUGAAGAAUAUAUCCUUGGAUUCUAAAGUUCCAUCUUUUGCAAAUGUAACCCGAAAGUCAAAUUUAGACAUUUCUGCACCUGGAUAUUUUUUCCUAAAAUCCUCUUUCAUUUUCCUUAUUUCGACGGGUGUUGCCGCCUUUACUUUUUCAUAGUUCUGUCCGUAAUAGUUACGAAAGAUGUCUUCACUGGUACUCAUUUUAUUUAAUUCAUAUAAUAAAAAUGAAGAAGUUAACGGUGUUUAUCGAGGACGGAACUACCGAGUUUUUUCCGGACAAGUGUAUUACGACGAACGCAGAGUCAGAAUUAAUCCUAAAGAACGUACGCAACCAUUUACUGGGCUUAUAAAAACGUACGUUUGAAUGUCAACGAUAAUAUUACCUAAGGACAAAAGAAGAUUACCUUCGAAGAUGGCUACUGGACCUUUGAUGCAAUAAAGAAAAAAACUGAAGAUAGAUGGAAUAAAAAUAGAACGUAACACACACAACAAUACCUGCAGGAUCUACCCGGCAACCGGGACAGACCUACAUUUAAACAAAUUUGCUCCACUAAUAGGAUUCCUAGAAACGGAGAUCCUUACCCCCGGAGUGUGGGAGAGAUCUCCCUAUCCUAUAGGUAUUAAUCACGGUCUUAAAUAUAUUACCAUCGACUGUGAUGUUGUUAAUACAUCCCUAAAUUCCGACGUAAACGGUAAAGGAAGCUUUACAGUGAGCACGUUACCCGUGCCAUCCGACCAGCAUCUGAACGGAACAACAACGUUUUUCAAGGAUAUCGGAAGUAGGGUUUAUGUUAAUAACGGUUUCCACAACAGAUUCUCCUUCAGUAUCAGUACGAACAUUGGUGUUAAGGUUGAUAUGUCCGCACACCUCGAAUUCUAUAUCACAUAAAUAAAAUGGAAGACGGACACUUUGUUACCGAACAAGGGUUAAGGGAUAUCUACUACAAUCCAGGUACCGGUUAUCAAUCCGCGGAGAAGCUCUACCGGAAAGCAAAGGAGGAGGGGCUGGACGUUAGUCGAAAAAUAGUGAAGGAUUGGUUGAAGACCCAGGACACCUACACAAGGUAUAAACCUAUCGUUAGAAAGCAUAAAUUUCAGAGAACAUUCGUCAAGGACCUAGCGGACCAGGUGCAGAUGGAUCUAGUGGAUAUGGGAAAAUACAAAAAUCAGAACAAAGGAUAUUGCUGGAUACUAACAGCUGUAGAGAUUCUGAGCCGGUACGGAUUUGCUAUUCCCGUCUACAGAAAGGAUACGAAAAACAUGACGAAGGCUGUGAGCUUAUUACUGGAGGAAUUUAGGAAAAGGUUUGGGAAAUACCCGGAAGUUGCUCAGUUUGACGAGGGAAAGGUAUUCUACAAUGUUGGUGUUAGGAACCUUUUACAAAAACACGACGUCCGCUAUUUUUCCACAAACUCUGACAGAAAGGCAGCUAUCGUUGAAAGAUUUAACAGAACCUUGAAGGCAAUGAUGUGGAAGUAUUUCUACAGCAAAGGGACUUACAAUUGGGUCGACACCAUAGGUGAGCUUACGAAUAACUACAAUCAUACCAAACACAGCAGUAUACUAAUGAGACCUGCUGAGGUAAGCAAGUCGAACAAGGACCAGGUAUGGAUUACGCUAUACGGUCACGGAUUAGGAGAAUUUCCGUUACCUAAGUUUAGGGUUGAUGAUACGGUCCGGAUAACGAAGUAUAAGAACAUCUUUACCAAGGGAUACGAAGCAAACUUUACGGAAGAGAUAUUCAGGGUUGUAAAAGUAUUCAGAGGAGAUCCUAACAUGUAUGAAAUAGAAAGUCACGACGGAGAACCAAUCAUCGGAAAGUUUUACGAAGAGGAACUAUCUGCUGUGGACAAAAAGGACGAUGUGUAAAGGGUGGAGAAAAUUCUGAGAAGAAGGAAGGGUAUGGUACUGGUCAAGUGGUUAGGAUACGACAGUAAGCAUAAUUCCUGGAUUCCCGAAGAAAAUAUUAAGGAUAUAAAAUAAAUGGCUGACAUCGAACUAGAAGAAACAAACCGCGUCGAUGACCGCGAAGUCGUAGAAGCUGAAACGGCAGAGGAAGAAACAAGUUUCAUUGACGACGACGGGAGACGGGAUGAAAGUAUAUUAAUUCCCAUCGGAUUCAAUCCGGACGUUGAUGGAUCAAGACCCAGCGGUUCCACACCAAACAUCGGGCGGGAUGCUGGGGUAAUGAAACGGGCCUAUACGCUGGAUAAAAAGGAUUUCCUCAAAAGGGAACUUGGAGUAAAUAUCAAUAAGGGAGACGGUCCAUCUUCCACCAUCAUCUUUGACAAAAUGAAGCUAACCGUAAAUAAGGCCGGAACAAAAAUUAACGGUGCUACAUUCAAAGAUGUCAAGAUCAUUAUCUCAAAAAAUGGGAAUAUAAUAUACUCCGCGGAUAAGAACAAGGAAUCCGUCGUAAAUGAAUACAAAGAACUGAUCAGGAAAGCUAAAAUAGAGCAUUCAAAAACACCUGCAGCCCUAGUGGAGGAACAACUCGAACGACGGGACCUAGAUGCUCCUCAGGAACUUGUGGAUAACGUUCUGGGAAAUAUCGUUGAAAGGAUGGACGACGAACUGUCCAAUCAAAGCGAAGCUAUCGGUAAUAGUACAGUUAUAACGGAAAAUGAACUAAGGGAACUGAGAGGUAUCCUGAACGUAAAAGGAAACUCAGGUAAGCAGAAAAUUAAGUAUUUUGAGGUAGAAAAAAAUCACUGGAAAGAACUGGCAGAAACCGAACGGACUGCAGGACGUGAACAGAAGGCUCUCCUGUACGAAGCAAUGGCAGACAUGGCAGAAUUGAAAGCGGAUGAAAUAAGGUUAAGAUCGAACGAGCGACCAAAGGGACCGAAAGCCAUAUCCAUCGUGGAAGAGGAGGUAGAAAUAAACGAUCUUACAAGGUUCGAAAGAUUUAGGAAAUGGGCAAAAGAAAAUAUAGCCGGAAUAUCAGCCGUAGCAAUAUCCGUAGCUGGUAUCAUCACCACGAUUGUUAUGGGAGCUAGAAGCGCAGCAAAAAAGGGAGCAAGAGCAACAAGCAAGUUCGAAAAGCAAUGGCAAACCUAGCCGGGAAGGUUGGACCCGUACUAGCAUCCGUGCUAAACCUCGUUGCCAAAGUUCUGUCGUGGGGAGCAAAGGGCAUUGCGUUCCUGUCGAAGAAUCUUUGGAUUUUAGCUCUGGCAUUAACCUACUUCUUGUACAAUGAAUACAGAAAAAGGAAAAAAAAAAAAUAAGAACACAUAUAAUAAAACAUGGGAGAUAGAAAGGACUUUAUGAAGGACAUUAAUAUUUUAGUUAUAUUUGCUCGGACAGGGAAAACUGGGAACGAGGGAAAAGGGCGCGAAAAUAGGUGUAGGACACGGGAUUUUAGAGAUAGAGUAUAUACAUGUUAUGAGUUUAUAUUAUGCGAAUUAUACUAUAAGAAGUAAAACUAUCAAAAGUUAAUGAAAGUGAGAAGCAAAUAACAUGGUGUCAGGAGUUUAAAAGAAGCCAGCUCACAUUAUUGAAAAUGACAGAAGAAGCGAACGGUAGCGAAGCAGAAAACACGCCGAACACAGUCUCGGCAUGUCAACCAUUAUUGCCAGCGGGCUUGGCCAUGCCUAAGCCAUUAAAAACUGAAGGAAACCUUGCCUCAAACUGGAAGAAAUUCAAGCGAUCUUGGGAUAACUAUGCUAUAGUGGCAAGACUUAACCGAUUUGAAGAUGAAUUAAAAACAGCAACGUUCCUUUCGUGCAUCGGCGAGGACGCAAUGGAAAUUUUUGAGGGCUUAGAUUUUGCCUCGGAAGAAGACCGCACAAAAUUUGACAUUGUUGUAACCAAAUUUAAAGAGUUAUGCUUAGGUGAAACAAACGAAACCUAUGAGAGAUUCGUUUUCAACAGCAGACAAAAGAAUGAAAACGAAACAGUCGACCAAUACGUAACAGCACUGCGAACCUUGGCACAAUCUUGUAAUUUCUGUAAUUGUUUACGAGAUUCUUUGAUACGCGAUCGCCUGGUCAUAGGAAUCAACGAUAAUGCAACUCAAAAAAAGCUAUUGCAAGAUCGAAAACUCACCUUGACAAAAGCCAUCGACAUCUGUCGCAGUAGCGAGACCACGAAGAAACAAGUCAAGAAAAUCCAGGAGAACAGCGAAGCAAAUGAGGGCGAAAUCAACGCCAUUGUAAACAACAAAACCGAAACCGGAAGCACAGGAACCAGAAGACGCAAUGAAGACGAAGAAGACGUAUCGGACUUGAUAGGCGUGACGGGGGGCGUGACAACAAAAUUAAAUGCAAAUAUUGUGGAACAGUGCACCAACGAAAAAAGGAAUUAUGUCCAGCAUUUGGAAGCCGCUGCCGGAAUUGUGGUCGCGAAAAUCACUUCGCUAAAGUUUGUAUGCAGAAAGGAAGAUAUUCCCGCCAAAAGCCACUUCACGCAGUAACUGAAAACGACUCAAGUGAUUCAGGCGACUCGCUUAUGACUGUCGAACUAGACCCCACCGAGAAUGAUACCAUCAAUACAAUACACCAACCGAACAUUUACAAAUCACGGAUUUUUGCUACCAUGAAAAUAAAAGGGGGGAACACAACCAAAUUUCAAAUCGAUACAGGGGCAACCUGCAAUGUCCUAAAAAAGAGUGAAUUAAAAGGCACUAAAUAUGAACGGCGCAUCAAACCUACGGCACAUGUUCUAAAGAUGUACAACAACUCAUCACUCACACCCCUUGGAAAGUGCAAAAUACAAGUACAAGACACAAUUACAAAGCAAAAGUUCAAAGUACCAUUUACUGUUGUUGAUGACCAGAAUGCAAAAAGUAACCUUCUUGGCUGCCGCACCGUGCAACAAAUGAAUUUGAUUCAAAUUGCGAGCCCAAUUCAUGUCGAUCAAAUUAAUGAAGACCUGACUCGGCCUGAUCAAAUGGGACUGACAAUGCAAAACGUCAAAGACAUAUACCAAGAUGUUUUUGAAGGUCUUGGCACCUUAGGUCCAGCACUGCAUCUUGAAGUUGAUCCUGAAAUGUCGCCUGUCCAACUCCCACCAAGAAAAAUCCCAGAGUUGCUAAAGCAACCGUUGCGAGAACAUUUGGACGAACUUGUCAAGCUUGAGGUCAUAGAACGAGUAGACUAUCCAACAGACUGGGUCAGCGCAAUUGUUGUUGCACCAAAACGAUUUAAAUGGCAACGGAUGCCUUUCGGGAUCUCUCCUGCAGGAGAGAUUUUCCAGCAACGACUAGACCAGGCAAUUGAUGACUUGGAUGGUGUACGGACUGUUGCUGAUGACAUUUUAGUAAUAGGAAAUGGAGAGACGAUGCAGGAAGCUGUAGCCGACCAUGACAGAAAGCUUAAGGAACUAUUCGACCGCUGCAGAGCUAAACAUAUCAAGCUUAACCCAAACAAGAUUGAGUUGAAAAAGACCUCAAUGCCAUACAUUGGCCACAUUCUUACCUCUGACGGUGUCCAAGCGGAUCCUGCUAAAGUACAAGCCAUACUAGAAAUGAAGCAACCCACAGACGUGGCUGGAGUCAGAAGAAUCCUCGGAACAGUUAAUUAUCGUGCCAAGUUCCUUCCCCACCUCUCACAAGUAUCUGAACCACUACGACAACUUACAAAAAGGAAUCAGCCUUUCGAUUGGGACAAAUCGCAUGACGCCGCUUUCACCCAAAUAAAGAAAUUGAUCACAGAACCGCCAGUCCUCAAGUACUACGAGUCGACCAAACCCCUGAUAAUACAGUGUGACGCUAGCGACCACGGACUGGGGGCCGCACUCAUUCAAGAGGGAAAGCCUGUCGCAUUUGCCAGCCGAGCAUUGACGCACGCGGAGAAACAAUACGCUCAGAUAGAAAAGGAACUGUUAGCUAUAGUUUAUGGAACCGAGCGUUUUCACCAGUAUACAUAUGGCGACCAGUCACAGUAGAAUCAGACCACAAGCCGCUCGAAGUCAUUCAUCAGAAACCUCUGUCAGCAGCACCUAGACGUCUUCAAAAGAUGAUGAUGAGAUUACACCAAUAUGACUUAACCAUCGUUUAUAAGAAAGGGUCAGAGAUGCUGCUAGCUGACACACUCAGUCGUCACCAUUUAGACAACUCCACCGACGAAGCACGCAGCGUAGACAGCGAUCUCGACCAAGUGGACAGUUUCGAAGAAAUCAACGAAAUACUAAAUUGUGAAACAAAUGCAACAACCAUAUUCCAAGGCCACACAACGAAAGAUCAAGACCUACAGCAAGUCAAAUCAUUCAUCCAGUCAGGAUGGCCCGAAAGCUCCAAGGAUCUAUCUCCAACAAUCACCCCGUACUUCCAUCUACGAGACGAACUAACAACACAAGAGGGCCUCGUGUUUAGGGGAGACCGCGUCGUUAUCCCAAAAUCACUACGAAAGCAAGUACUGAAUGAAUUGCAUGCAGCACACCAAGGGAUCGCAUCGACAAGUCGGCGAGCCAGAGAAACCGUCUACUGGCCACACCUGAACCAAGAAUUGAAAGACCACAUCUCACAUUGCAUCACCUGUGACACAUUCAAUUCCAAGAAGCCGAAAGAACCUCUCAUCCCGCAUGAAAUACCAAAGAGAGCAUGGGCAAAAAUCGGUUGUGAUAUCUUUGAAUUUGAAAAGAAAUCGUAUUUAGUAACAGUGGACUACUACUCGAACUUCUUCGAAGUUGACCGCCUUGAAAAAUUGACAUCACUGGCAGUCAUAAAGAAACUAAAGCCCCAUUUCGCCAGGUUUGGUAUUCCAAAUACUCUCGUGACAGACAACGGCCCACAAUUCAUCAGUGAUGACUUUCGAGACUUCUCUAUGAAGUACCAAUUUGAGCAUAUAACGACCAGUCCCUAUCACCACCAAUCCAACGGCAAAGCCGAAUCUGCCGUCAAGCAAGCCAAACGAAUAAUUCGAACAUGCAAAUCAUCAAACGAUGACAUUUACCUUGCCCUUCUUGCCCACCGAAACACCCCCCAAACAACCCAUGAAACAAGCCCCGCACAACGACUGUUUAACCGCCGUACAAAGACUCCCUUGCCCGUCUCGGAGAAGUUGCUCCAACCGAAGAUAAAUUCGCAAGCAAACAAACGCAUUCAACAAAGACAACAGCUCCAAAAGAAAUACCACGAUCGUGGCGCAAAAGAGCUCAGCCCGUUGCGGAAAGGAGAAGUGGUGGAGACUACAGCCAACCCGAAUCGGCGAAAAGAAAUGGAAGAGAGGGAUAGUCGUACGCAAAGCCGGGAUAAGAUCAUAUGAAGUCCAAUGCAAAGGGUAUACCUAUACUAGAAACAGAAAAUUCAUCCGACGAUCAAGGUUACCUGCAGAAUUCGGUAGUGACAACGCAGAUGAAGAGAUGUCAGACAUGUCCGAAGCGGAAGAGAACGUUUCUGUACCUACUGACAAUGAUCUGCCCCAAGAAAACCCUCAACCAGCACACUUAGAACGCAAUGAAACAAGUACCGAAACAAGUUCUACAAGCAAAACCCGUAGUGGACGGUUAGUUAAAAAAACCUGACAGGCUAGGUAUAUAGACACAUAAGGGAACGCCGUAUAUACGGUAUAUUUGUAAAGAAAAAACUUUCAGAGAAGAGGAGAUGUUGGACAUUUACUGUUGACAUUAAUAUUUUAGUUAUAUUUGCUCGGACAGGGAAAACUGGGAACGAGGGAAAAGGGCGCGAAAAUAGGUGUAGGACACGGGAUUUUAGAGAUAGAGUAUAUACAUGUUAUGAGUUUAUAUUAUGCGAAUUAUACUAUAAGAAAUAAAACUAUCAAAAGUUAAUGAAAGUGAGAAGCAAAUAACAUAUACAUACCAUACUUAGACGCUAAUAACUUAUAUGGAUGGGCAAUGAGUCAGCCAUUGCCAGUCAGAAACUUCAAAUGGAUGACAGAGGCUGAACUAAGCAACUGGGAAAACAUCUCAUGCAUACUGGAAGUGGAUUUGGAAUAUCCGGAAAAUCUACAUGACAUCCACAACGAAUAUCCGCUCGCGCCGGAAAGCAUGGUAGUAAAUAAAGUUAAAAAAUUAAUUCCAAAUUUAAACGAUAAGAAAAAUUAUGUAAUACAUCAUAGAAACUUAGAAUUAUACUUGGAACUAGGAUUAAGAUUAACAAAAAUACAUCGUGGGGUAAAGUUUGAAGAAAGUCCAUGGUUAGCAAAAUAUAUACAACUUAACACAAAUCUUAGAACAAAAGGUACAACAGAUUUUGAAAAGAACUUCUUUAAGCUAAUGAACAACUCAGUAUUUGGAAAGACCAUGGAGAACGUUCGGAACAGAGUAAACGUUAAGCUAGUAACCACAGAAACACAACUGAACUCGCUCGCGAAAAAGUCAUACUUCAAAGGUGUAAACAUCUUCACAGAAAACUUAAUCGCUGUUCACAUGGAAAAAACCACUGUCAAACUUGUAAAACCUAUAUAUCUAGGAAUGAGCAUCUUAGACCUAAGCAAAACACUCAUGUAUAACUUCCACUAUAACUACAUCAAACCAAAAUACGGUAAUAAUGCAAACUUACUCUUCACAGACACAGACAGUCUGUGCUAUGAGAUAGAGGCGGAAGAUUUUUACAAGGACAUCACACCGGAUGUUGAAAAAUGGUUUGAUACAAGCAACUACGACAAAGACCACAGCAGUGGAAUACCGGUCGGAAAGAACAAAAAAGUUGUAGGCAUGAUGAAAGAUGAAUGUGGAGGAGAACAAAUCUCAGAGUUCGUUGGACUCCGCAGUAAGCUGUACGCCUAUAAAAUGGAUGAAGGAGAAGAGGAAAAGAAAUGUAAAGGUGUGAAGAAGUGCGUAGUCAAAAAUGAAAUAGUAUUCGAGGAUUAUAAAAAUUGUCUAUUUAGCGGUAAGGAAAUGUAUAGAAAAAUGAAUACAUUCCGAAGUCGGCGGCAUGACAUUUACACGGAAAGAAUAAACAAAACGGCACUUUCGGCAAACGACGACAAACGAAUAAUUUUGGACGACAAAAUAAACACACUGGCAAUAGGACACUAUCGGCUCUCUCGGAAGGAUAAAGAAAAAGUUUUAGAAGCUGUGAUGACGUCAUAAUUGAAUUUUUGGAAAACUGGGCUAGAACCGGCCUUUAUUCACUACUUCUGGUGAACUGGAUGGGACUAAUGGGUUGUCACAAUUUUCCCCCUGCUGCCUAAUGAGGCCAAAGAAGUUCUCCAGAGGAUCUUGGUUGAGACUUCUUGUCAUGAGAAACUCCAAGGAAUGAUGUUGGUUAAGGUCUUGUAAUAUGUAAAUACUACAGUAUAAUUAGGCUACUACUGACAGUGUAAAUACUACAGUGAAAUGUAAAUACUACAGAGUAAUUGGGGUUUAAAAAUACAAAGUUUAUUUUAAUAAAUGUUGUUUAUUUUAUUUCACAUUUAUAUACAUUUAAGAACUUAAAUUAUUCAAAAACUAAAUAAAUAUGUGUUCAAUGUCAAUGAAUAUUGCUAUAUCUAAAUUUUUUAUUCCAAAAUAGGCAAUAACUGUUUCCUUUAUAGUUGACCCCACAUGCUGUCAUGGAAAUUAAUACUAAAUAAAAAAAGUAGCCAAUGAUCCAUGUUUCCUCCUACAGUCUUUGCUUUAUAUAAAAAGUUACAUACUAUGAAUAAUUGCAUUGUUCCUUUCAUUGAUAAAGAGUUUCCCAUUAAAAGAGAAAGUAUUCCCAAUUAAUCCUUUCCCUGUUAAAGUGUGCUCUCCCCUUGACGAGUAAAAUCGUCUGGCGUUAGACAGAGUAAAAUAAUAAAGUAGGGUGCAUCAGGGCACAAUGCAACUGAAUAGGUUAACUGGAUCGUCUGGUGUUAGACAAUAGACAGAGUAAAAUAAUGAAGUAGGGCACAACGUGACUCAAUGGGUAAAAUUGUAAAAUUAAAGUAAAUUAAAGUAAGUAAAAUUGUUUAGCUUUACUGCAGUACAUCUUCCAAGGGGGGAGGGGGCUGGAUUUGGGGAGCAGGCCUACUACUUUUAGUUACAUGGGGGGGGUUGCUUUUUUGAACCCUCAAUUACAGUAAACUAUUACAGUAAUCUGAAGGCCUGUUUAUAUGGUCUCUGGGUACUAGGGAAAUCCUAUCCCCCCGAGCCACCCUGGCAAGGCAAAAUUAUAUUAUCCUAUUAUAGCAACUAUCAUAUCCUAUUAUAGCAACUGCCAUGCAAGUGUUUGCAUGGAAAGUUUUGAAACUGUCUUGCCUAGUGGGAUGAUCCAGGUAGUAGAGUCACUCCCUCAGGGGGUACAGCACCUCUAUUACUCGAGAUGAGUUAUAUAAACAUUGCCUGAGGCUACCGGUAAAUUUGAUAGGCAUUCCAAUAAGGGAGCAGUCAUUAUUAAUGCCAGGGGGGGGCCCGGAAGAUAUUUCUAAACUCAUGGUAAAUUUUUCAUGGCCCCUCAUUCCUUCAAAAUAUUUUUUUCAUGGCCCCCCCCCCUUUAAAUAUAAUAAAUUUUCAUAGCCUCCCCCCCCCUCCCGUGAUUGAACUUGCAUUCCUAACAUAUACUAAGACCACAGGCGGCCCAAUCUCGCAAGCGACGUCUUGGGCUACUUGUGGUGCUUGAUUUUCGAUGGCUGGGGGGAGCGGGAAAUCAAAACAACAAGUCCAAUAUGGCGGGGAAAUUUAUCUUUAUCUUGUAUAAAAACCACAUGGACGAAUUCAAUUGAACUAAAUUUUGGCACAAGAAUGAGUUUAAAAAACAUAGUAUGACAAAAAGAGCCUGUGGAGAAUACCUGGAAACAGUUUUAAGAAAUAAUCUCGACGAGAUGCAGCGAAACGUGACUAUGUAAGUCUGUAUAAAUACAAUUUAUAAAGAUUUUCUUAAUAAUUUCAUAUGUUAUUUGAGUUUGAAUCAUUUGUCCAUAUAGUUUAAAUUAUGUGCCUUUAUGAGUUUAUGAUCAUUUCCCAAGUUUUUUUAUGCCAAAUUGCUUACAAAAGAAUUAGGAAUGAAGUUGAAUUUUAUUGAAUUUCAUCAUGCUAUGCAUAAAAUAAAUAAUCACUCGGGCAAGUUGUGCAAUUAACACUGGCAAUUAAUUAACAGCUUGUGCAAUUUUGGCGCAUUUUUCAAAUAUUACUCGUAGUGUUAAUAUAAUUAAUUGCACUCCUUCCUGUGUGAUUACCUAUUCUUAUAUUGCAUUGACAUUUAUAUUACAGUGAACUAUAAUGCUAAUGUUUUAUGAUUAUUGUACAUUAGUAUAGUUACAUAGGUGAUUAUUGAAAAUUCUCCACGCUGAUUGGUUACCGUUGAGGUGAUUAUUACGCGAUAAUCACCUAAGCGAUUUUCAAAAUGGCGGCCGAAGCCAGCUCGUCAAUCGGAAAGACCUUAAAGAAAUGCGUAAUUUUAAAUCCUUUCAAACAAUCACCCAUGAAAUUGAUCCUGAACACUAUUCACCUUCGGCGGGCUCGGUGAUUUCAUCACGUGAAUUUGUAAAACACUGACUCUUGUUCCCCGGUUUUAUUCUCACUGAUAAUCUCCAAAUUCUCGCCCUUCUCGGGCGGCGGGAAUACCUGUUAAUUUUAUUUUCGGUGCCCCUCUCCCCACUUCUUUUCUCUCUUUGAUAUUUUGGUAGCUCCCCUAAUCAUAUUAUAUGAAAAAUUUUUGGUGCCCCCCCCCCCCCAAAUAUCUUCCGCCCUCCUCCGGCAUUAAUAAUGACUGCUCCCUAACUAAUAAGAUCAAAUAGUGUCAGGUUUUCCCCAAUCAGGUGAACAAAUUUGAACAAAUUAACCAUAGUUGUAAGAUUCUGCAUCUGAUUGAUAGAAAUGAAUAAUGUAGUUCAACAGGAAUGAUUGGCAAUCUAGAAAAAUAAACAAAAUAAAUAAACAGAUUAGAUUAUUAAACAUAUAUGUACAGUGACUUGGCAUGUCUGAGAAAUUGACCUUUGAGAGGUCUCUGAAAAAAGGUUGUCAUUGCACAAUAACCAAUGCACUAAUCUAGGGGAAUCACUAUAAAGUAUAAUUUGGCCAAUCCCCCAACACUGGGUCAACAUAUAAGUUAAAUAUAUGAGUACUAGGGUACUGUGGCUCCAUGUCCUUGACUCCAUCAGUCCAUGUUGAAUGUUGAUGUUCAUUUUCGUAUCUGAAUGUUGUUUAUGCAAUGUUUAAAUUAACGACAACCCUUUGAUACAACAUUGCACUUGACAAAAAUAUAUUGAUAAUUUGAUAUAUAGAGAAAAAAAACUCACAUAUAAAGUUGCCAAGUUCCAGCUGGAGUUCAGGUCUACAGAAUCGAAUCUUCAGAUUGCCAGAAAUUCUCACUCCUUCGGGUGUCUUUUCUCAUUUUCGCCGUUAAAAAUGGUAUUCGUUCAAUUCCCUUUUGCUAAGAAGACGCAGUGUGCCAUUUAUUUGCAACAUUCGUGCACAAAAUGAAGAUUGAUCGGUUACUGCGCUUAAUUAAAAUCGCCGUUUUACUGCCAAAAUUUUGCAUUUCCCUAUCUUUUUCCUGAUAAAAAAUGUGCAUGACACUUGCCAGAGGGCCGCGCAUGCGCAUUAAAAAAGUGGGGACAUGAUUUGCCUCGAGUUCCGCCUCUGUAUAUCCUUACUCUGUGCCCAUGGUCGACUUGUGGUAAGUCUAAUAACAACACAGAGUGGAUUGUUAUCAGUCUGCAUAUGUUAACUUACCAGUAUGCAGUUACCUGCAAUGACAUGUCAACCGAUCUUUCUACAAAGUAUGUCGGUCUGUAAAAAUAUAUCUCUGAGAUCUGUCCAUUGUUAGCAUUAUAUGUAAUAAUCCUACCGGCCUACAUUGAUAUAUUCACCUGCUCACAAUUUCUUUCUACAACUCUUAAGCCACGUUUACACGCUACGAUUAAUCGUGUACGAUUCGUAUUCUGGCGUAUUAAAAUGAGUGCUGGCGCCGUAAUUCAUUGCCGUUUCGUUAAAAAAGCUUAACUUUGGUAUCCGUUCUUCUGAAACUCGUCAUGAUUGUUUUAUUUAUAUGUAUAGGAAAGCCUUGUCUAUAAAUGGGCAACUUGCAUGUUAGACUAAAUUUUAAUCUAAGCAGAGAAAAGGGGAUAAAACACAACAGCUAAAAAGAACAUACUGAAAUUAACAAAAGUGCAAAACUUGGUUGCGAAAUGUUGUAAAGCUUAGAAAAUAUAGCCUUGCAAAGUUUGCAAAUUUUCAGUAUAUUUGUAUUACGAGCGGAAAUUGUUACCAUUUUCGGCUCAAAAAUGGUAACAAUUUCCGCAAGUAAUACAAAUAUACUGAAAAUAUGCAAACUUUGCAAGGCUAUAUUUUCCAAGCUUUACAACAUUUUGCAACCAAAUUUUGCACUUUUACUAAUUUUAAUAAGUUCUUAACGGGAAUUUACUUUUUUUGUGCCUAGAUCGGCUAGAUAAAAAAUUUGUCUAACAUGCAAGUUGUCUAUUGUUGAUUUCAAACUCAAAUCUACUUGAGACCUACCUAAAAUUAUUUUGAGACGCUUUCAAGCAAAAUUAAGAUCACUUAGGUUUUACUUGGACCAUACUAGGUUUUACUUGGACCAUACUUAAAAUUAUUUUGAGACACUCUUGAGCAAAAUUGAGGACCAUUAAAAUUAUUUUGAGACGCUUUUAAUUAAUUAUUAAGCAAAAUUAAGAGUAUUCGUCCCCUACAGCGUACACUGGUUUAAGGGAAAGCCGGAUCUCCUUCCAUUUUCAUCAAAAAUUCCGGAUUUUUCGCUUUCUUAACCAUCUUGCCAGGUCUCUACCUGGCGUGGGUGUAAGCGAAGCGUGGAAAUGAGGGUGUGUAUAUUUAAAUUUUACUAAGUAAAAUUAAACAUGUCAUGAUCAGAAGAGAACCCGAGUACGGUCACAAAUCCGGUGAAAACUCACGUCAAGGAUCCGAAAAAAGUGGAGGCAGGACGCAGGCUUGCUAAGAUCAGUCAGGAGGCAAAAGCCAGGAAGCGCGCACAACUUGAAGCAAUUAAGGAAUAAAUGUGAAGGGUUGGCGAUUACCCCGGAGAGAGUUGGUAUGGUGGUAGGUAUUACUGUAGGACUUGGAUCCCUCUACGUCAUGUGGUGUAAUCGUCGGGAAAAGAGCGAAAAGCUGGAGGAAAGCAAAUCCACAGAAAAACCGCAACCCUCACCAAAACCGCAGGGUGGUCAGACCUGUUUGACUGAAACCGAUCCGAAUAUAAAAGUUUUAGUUAUAAUAAAACACAAUGACCGACACAAAGAAGGAAGUGAUCAACGAACUGUACGAUGCCACACUACUGACGACCGGGGUCGUCGGAGUGUCCUACCUUGCUAGAAAGGUUGCUGGAAAAAGUCUCGGUGCACCGAUGACCUUGGAAGGAGCGGCGAAGUUGGCUGUUGCCGUAGCCGGAAGUGCAUUUGCCAUAGGAUAUCUGAAAGAUAAGCGUUACAUUCCGACCAGUAUUGACAAGUAAAAACGGAUGACGUCAGGUAAAAUAAAAAAUGACAUCCGUUGUUGUAGGAGGACUUUUUAAUGCCGUGACCUUUGCCGGAGCUGGAUUUCUUUUCUCGAAGUUAAAUGGACAAGGGUACAAGGAAGAAGUGAAAAGACAUAAGCAAGCAUUAGAAAAACUUGCGAAAGCAAAAGAAAAAUUUUAUGAAUCCGAAGUAAAGCGUAGGAACGACGAAGUCCGACGUCGAGCCGAGAUCCUGGAUGUUAACAAGGACAUUGAGGAAGCAAACAGAGCGCUGGAAGAUUUAAGAAAUUUUACGAGACUCAUGGACGACUCAGCAUCACAACGGAGACCAAAAUUGGAAGAUUAUUAUCAGCCGUCAGACGAAAUGAAAACGUAUGCGAUGAUGACGAUGGCUGUUUUGGGAGUUGGUAGUGCCUACGGACUGACACGGAUAUUUUAAAUCUUACGAAAAGAUUUAAAACUACUUUUUACUGUAAGAUUAUCAGAUAGCACAAUAGUUCCGUAUUUCCCGUCCUAUCGGUAACGGUUCCGGAUGCAUCCACGUCACUAAACUUUAAACUCAUAACCUGAAUGGUUAUACCUCCGGAUCCAUAAUACUGAGUUAUGAAAUACAUGAAAGUAGCACGGAUUAGACCAUUUCUAUUUUUCAUGUGGCGAACAAUAUUUCCGGCAGAAUUAGCGGAAAAACUAAGCGGUCCACCCAUGGUUGGAACUGUGUUAGAUCCAUCAGUCAUGGCAAAUCCUAUAAAUUUCGUAUUGUCCACGUCGGAUAUGGAAAUCUCAUCCGUCUUAUAGCUGUUCGGUGGAUAGGCAAUGGAAUUCGAAAAUCUGUACCAGGCAUACUGACCCCCUAUGCUAUGAAGUUUUGUGAUUUAAUUUUUAUUCACAGCCACUUCCGCGGCGGUGGUGAUUUGGUUUUUGUCCAUCUGGUUUAUUUUCUUUUCCAGACGUUCCAGCAUAGGUUUUGUUUCGUUAAAAUAAUCGUAUCCGAAUAAGAUGCUCAUUGUUCUUUUAUUUAACGUCGAAGUACAAAAUACGCAAGUCCGAAGGAUGUUACUGCUAUCAUACCAUAUCUGACUGUCGGACUUCUGUCUUAGAGCUGGUUUAUUCCCUACCAGCGUUUGAAGAUCUUCCGCGGUGGGAAUUGGUGUGAUGUUGUGAUUGGGAUUUGGACUUAGAUCGAUACUAUUCGUAAAGUGUUUGACAGGUUUUGUUCCGGUGUGAUUAACUUUUUCAUUUUUCCGAACGUCAUCCCAUUUCUAGCCACUGUCAGGACCACUGAUCUGUACUAAGACUGGAUAACGCAUCUAUAGUAUACAAAAGUGAAGCCGGAAGUCACCGGCCGCCACCCGAUUCAAGGGUCCCACUUUUGUAUAGAUUUGUAUUACAGAUGGUAGUUUUUCGCGUUUUUUGCCUUGGCCACGUUUCUGACCGGGCCAGUUUUACAAUCACAAAGAUAGAAGCAUACAAGAAGAAUUUUGAGCAAAAAAUUUGGAGUAUUAUGGCUUUAUAACGCUGCGAAACGGGAUUUAUAAUAAUAAUAAUAAUAAUAAUAAUAAUAAUAAUAAUAAUAAUAAUAAUAAUAAUAAUAAUGGAAACUUUAUUUUGACAUUUUAUGUAUAUACAAUUAUAAAUCUCACUAAUUAAGGUAAUUUAUAAUUGACUACUUGAACUAUUAAUUAUUGAUAAAACUAUAUUACAGGUAUAAAACUAAGAGAAAGCUCAUUCUUAAAUGUUCAUCAACUCCGGGUCGGUCCAAUUCUUGUUCCUACAACAAAAUAUAUAGUACGUUGUUCUGAUGGCGAUGGACAUUAUUUUCUUAACACAAAAGUUCUGAUGUUUUUUAUCAAGACCAACUUCGUUCAACAUUUUCAUAAACGUGCUACAUUCUUUUGAGAAAACACCUAAGGCACUAAUAGACAAAUUAAUAAAUUUGACAGUUUUGAAAUGGUCUUUCUGCUGCGUAAUUAGAUCCUUUUAUCUUUCCCUUUUGCGAUCAACGUUGUUUUGGAGAUUGGAUUCAUAUCCGACAGAGAGUUCGAGUAUGUACAGACAAUCAUUUGAAAUCGAAAGAAGCAGAUCUGGGCGAUAAGUGUCACCGGUUAUUAUUGAUGGGCUCUUGUAUCCAGGAAGAUCAACAAAUAGCGUGGAGUUGCGUUCAGGUUGGAAUAUUUUUGCGACAAAAUUGAGAAUGGAGUCAUGUCUCCAAGUAAAUCGUGGAAGGUAUGACUGGCAUCCCGCGACCACAUGCAGAAGGGUUUCAGGGUUCAGGCAGAGGGAACAAUCCGAGUUUGACAUUAUUCCCCAUUUUGUGAGGUUUUUGCGUGUGGGAAGAGUGUUGUUGAUGUAACGGAUGGUGAAGUUAUAGAUGCUUUUUGGCAAGCUGGAUUGAGAUUUGGACCAUAGGUUGUUUAGUGUAGACAACGAGAACUUGGUGGUGUUAGAGAAAAAGGAGCCUUGGAGAAGCAGAUGAUUUUGAAGCUUGUCUUCUUGUGCAGAUUUGAAACUUUUAAGAACUUCCUUUGUUGAGGUGUAGACGUCGUACUGUAUGUUAGUAUUGUCGCAAGUUGAUUUCCAUAAAUUUCUUAUACAAUCAUUUGGAGAGGUUUUUAAGGCUUUACGGGAGACUGUUUGGCACUGAGUGAACUUGAUGGAUGGAGGGUAUAUAUUUAGUCCAAAUUUAUUACUUGUGAGAAAGACAUUACUUAAAGUUCCAGAUACGGGUAUUUCAAGCCAUUUCCGUACGAAUUUGUUAACUACUGAGUCCAAGUAAACGUAAAUAGAAAGCAUGUAAAUUGUCAGCGCUAUAAAAACACGUCUGACCGCCAUCACCUUCAGACUUUGUUUAUCAACACGAGCUCGUUUCGCUACUUUCAUACAAAAUCAACUCAAAAUAUCCAAGAAUUACUGUUACUGGACGAAUAUUCUCGGGAAAUUUGAAGAAAUGAAGCAGCUACAUUGUGAACGAAAGCGUACUGAGGUUAGUUUUAAAAUACCUUGAGGCUACUAAUAUGAUUAUGAAAAUUAAGGAACGUUCCAUCGACUUUGUCGAGAAGUUUUAUAUGUUUUAAAGUAGGAAGACAAGUGAUAAUCAAAUAUUUUUUAAUCCAAAUUAACAAUGACUCAAUAUAAUGUUAUUUUAAUUCAUAUAAUUAUAAAAGUAGCCUCAAGGUAUUUUAAAACUAACCUCCGUACGCUUUCGUUCACAAUGUAGCUGCUUCAUUUCUUCACAUUUCCUGAGAAUAUUCGUCCAGUAACAGUAAUUCUUGUAUAUUUUGAGUUGAUUUUGUAUGAAAGUAGCGAAACGAGCUCGUGUUGAUAAACAAGGUCUGAGGUUCUCCACUCCUUCAGAGUUGUAAAUCCCGUUUCGCGGCGUUAUAAAGCCAUAAUACUCCAAAUUUUUUGCCCAAAAUUCUUCUUGUAUGCUUCUAUCUUUGUGAUUGUAAAACUGGCCCGGUCGGAAACGUAGCCAAGGCAAAAAACGCGAAAAACUACCAUCUGUAAUACAAAUCUAUACAAAAGUGGGACCCUUGAAUCGGGUGGCGGCUGGUGACUCCGGCUUCACUUUUGUAUACUAUAGAUGCGUUAUCCAGUCUUAGUACAGAUCAGUGGUCAGGACAUUGCUGAAUUCCGGAAUGGAUUUUGUCAGAAUCCUUAAGUCCGAAGGGACUAGGAUUAGACCUGGCAUAAUUGCAAAAUUUAGGAUGACUUGGGUAUUGGAAAUGGCCGUUCGCAUGUUGGAAAUGGUGACCGUGACGUCGUCCUAAACGAUUGUGUCCUUCACCACCUUCCGAAAGACUUCCUGCGUUUGUAAACUCUUUGCACCUUGUGCGUAAUACUCCAUCGGGUUUUAGCCUGCGCCCCUAGGACGGAAUACACGAAAGCCUCGAUGGACUGCUGGAAUAGCUUUUGUCCAACUCUGGUUAAUCCUCGGGAUUUUUUGGGAAUAAGGGUCUUGUAAUCAUUUCUAACGUCGUAGGGGGACCUGCCGGUUAGGUAAUCGUAUUCGAUAAAUGUGCCUCCGUAUUUAGUUUGAUAAUAUUUUUGACGUCGUAUCCUUUUUCGUUCGUCCACCGGCUUGUUGUAGUACCACGUUCCGAGAUUUGCAUGGGAGGAGUCCGUUCUUUUUCCCACGUUUCAUGAACGGGUGUGAAUUUUUGGUUGGUUUUCAUAUCGUCUUUCGUAAUGUACUGAUCCAGAAGUUUGGGAUUACGCAUAAAUCUUGAAAGGUGGAAAUGAAGAUGAAAGCGAACGAUGGAGGUUACUAUGUUGGAGUGUGAAUCGGGAUUAUUAUUCGUAAGGUGAUCCUCGGAAAUUCGAAUUCCACACUUGAAUGUUGUGACAUAAGCUGCGGCCAGGGAGCAAAAGUAGGAAUUGGAAUGGUAGUCGAACGACAGCUUAUCGAUGAAGGUACCCUUGGUAUUGUUGUACGUCGGUUUAAUGGAUCUAAUUUUGUUAUGAAACUUUCGGUCUCCGUGACGUAAACUUUGAAACUGUGCACAUUCAUUUUAAAAUCUUUGUUCGGACGAAAAAUCAUGUCCGGAAGAACGCUUCGCCGUCCAUCCACCCAGUGUAAAAAUUUAUUCCAUUCAGGAUUCAAACUGAAAGUAUCGGAUUUAAUGUCAUAGCUUGUGAGGUCGUCCACCUUAAAAAAUAUGUCUCUGGACUCCACGGUUCCGUCCUUGUCGAAGGUAAUCUCAAAGUCAAAUUUGGACAUGAUUGCGUUGGGAUACUUUUUCCUAAAAUUUUCUUUCAUUUUCCGGAUUUUAAUGGGCGUUGCCGCCUUCACUUUCUCGUAAUUCUUUCCGUAGUAGUUGCGAAAGAUAUCCUCACUCAUUGUUUUAUUUGAUGUAAAGUUCUAACAAAACAUCUCCCGGAACAACUCUGGUGUUGGAUCCGAUUUUAAACCGGAUUUCGUUGUACCUUCCAGCAUCCACCCGUACCAGACUUUCGAUGUCAUUGUACUUGGUCACGGUUCCGAAAAAAGGCUUGGUUCUGUCGACUGGAAGGGAGGUGAUGAUGGUACUCCGAUUUCCGUCUGGUCCGAUGUUGUGCUCACGGUUUACGAGAUUACAGCUGACCGUGAUGUAUCGCAAAUCAUUGUGAAUAUCUACGGGACGGUCGCCGAUGUGUGGAGUGUAUAUAGGACCGUUGGAGGAUCGGUAUCCCAAAAUUCCCGUGAGAUUCCGAAGUCACACCGUCUUUGUCCCGCUAUCGAGGUCAAUCUUUACCCUUCCGUCUGGAUAUUCUUUGAACGUCAGUCCGUUUUCCUCCAUCUUUUUUCGUAGCUGUUUAAACGUCCAAUAUCCUUCAUCCAUCGUAACUUUCUUUCCAUCUACGGAAAUGUAGUCGUUGUAACCCGCGCGAACGUUUUUGUAAUUCCAAAACACAGCGGCAGUUUUUACGAAAAGUUUGGAUUUGUGGGAAAGGAUUAGGGGAUCCCGAAGAUUUAGGAUAAUCCCUCCAGGAAAAACGUCAGAGAAUGGUUACAAACACAAAACACGUACAUCAUUCACAAACCAUCCAGGAAGCAUUACAAAACCCAAAGGACAUAUGUGGACGGACUUGCACAGCAGAUCCAGAUGGGCCUUGUGGACAUGAGCAAGUUCAGCUACAAGAAUAAGGGAAACCGUUGGAUUUUGACUGCCAUAGAAGUUCUGAGUCGGUAUGCCUUUGCCGUUCCCGUCUGGCGAAAAAGUACCGAAAGUAUGACAAAAGCCGUUGAAAAGGUACUCGCACGAUUUAAGGAAAGGUUUGACAGAUAUCCAAAAGCAGCACAAUUCGGAAAGGAAUUCUACAAUGUAGGAGUAAAGACGUUGUUAAAGGAUCACGAUGUCCAUUACUUUUCCACGAGAACCUUCCGGAAAGCUGCACUCGUCGAGAGAUUUAAUAGAACUUUGAAAACAAGAAUGUGGAAAUAUUUUACGGAAAACAAUACGAAAGUUUGGGCAGACGUUCUACCUGCCCUCGUCAAAUCCUAUAAUAAUUCCACACACAGGACGAUUGGGAUGAAACCGGCGGAUGUGAACGAGGAGAACAAGGACGAAGUUUGGACAAGGGUUUAUGGAUAUCCACUGGACAGUUUUCCGAAACCCAAGUUCAAAGUCGGGGAUCACGUCAGGGUGGAGAUAAAACAUAAAACGUUCGAAAAGGGAUACGAACCCAAUUUCGACAACGAGUUAUACGUCAUCACGUCGGUGUUUCGGGGAGAUCCCAACAUGUCAGCCUUAAGGAUCCGGAGGAUGGGGAAGACAUUUUAGGAAGAUAUUACGAACAGGAAUUAUCUUUAGACUUAAAUAAAAAUGGAAACGGAGAUGAAUGACGUUUCCAACGACCGACCAGAGGGUGCUGAUGAAGCCGAAGGAGGUGAGGACGAAACGGUAAUUGACGAAGACGAUUUUAUCGAUCACCUCGACGUGACCAAACUGUUGACGGACUAAAUGAAGCAAAAGCAUCUAGUUUCCGUGAAGAGAACAAAGACGACACAUACAGAAGGAGCAAAUAAAUAGACUGUACUUAAUCGGAAAUUUUAAUGAAAUGAAGGGAGAGUUUACCAGAAGAUUGUUAAGAAGUGAAUACCGAAUAAAUCCGACCGACGGACAAAAUUCCAGGGAAUUUAUCUAGGGACUGGUCAUAAUUUAUCAGGGUGGGUGGGGAGGUGUAAUUUAAAAUUUUAAGGAAUGAUAUUUUGUGACCCUGCUUUGCUAUAACCGGAAAAAUAAUGCCUCCCCCCCUCCCCUCUCUCUUGCUCCUGUCAGUAAAAAUGUACCUACCUACUACUAAACCCUGCAUUCAAUAAAUGUUCUAAUUGCACUUUAAAUUUUCUAAUAAUACUAACAUUUAUAUUAUACCAAUACAUAGUCAUAUAUAAAACUUUAGUUUUUUUCAAACUUUUCAUUUUAAGUUUAAAGAAUCAAUUUUUUUCAAUGCAACUCAAACAAAAUGUGAGAAGGCAUGUAUAAAACGAUUAAUUGAACUAAAACAGCAGACCUCCUCCCCGCCUUCAUAAACUGUCUAAUAUUUUAUGAACCCCCUUUUUUCUUGGCUAAAAAAUAUGUGACCCCCCCCCCCACUGUUUCCACCUCCCCACCCCUCCUGCUAAAUUAUGACCAGUCCCUAACUAAAAAUAAACUGUCGUUCGACGGAACUGAUGUUGGAUACAUUGAUACGCGUGGUGUGUACAGAAUGUCUGGAAAUAAAAAAUCUGCCGGGUCCGUGGCAGCAUUCAAAAACCAAUAUGAGAGAGAACUCAUUCAAUCGAACACAAGGAGAAAGUGCGCAGCGUGGUGGAAGAGGAGACCGGAGGAAACAUGCUAGAGGGGAACGUGGAGGAAAUCUACGAAGACUCCGAGGAGGAAUUUCACCAGAACGCUGUCAACGCAAGCGAUAAACUUUCGGAACAAGCGGAAAGAUUGGAAAGUGAAGGAAAAAUAACCGAACAGGAAAGAAGGGAAUUUGCAGGAAUAACUGCUUUUAAAGGACCGCCGAAGGGAAGAAUCAGACACAUGGACAUUAUGUUGAAGGAAUGGAAAAAUAACCUCGAAAAAGAAACCGAAGACGAUAGACGACAGAUAACACAGAGGGCGGUGGACGUUGCCGAACAGGCCAUCGACGAUGCAAGGCUGGAAAUGGGACAGGUGCCUCGGUCGGAAGAGGAAAAACACAGGUACAGGGAAAUAGUAAGGGACAACAUCUGAACAAAAUUUGAGAGAUUCCUCGUGUGGGCAAAAGAAAACAUGGGGGCGUUAGCCGCCAUUGCCAUCUCCAUUGCCGGAAUUAUUACGACUGUGGUGGUGACUGGAAAAAAGACCAUCACGGGAGCAGCUAAUGGACUUGGAGGUGCCGGGAAAGCGUUGGCAAAGUUUGCAAAAUCUGCACUGCCUAUCCUGGUACCUAUUUUAAACAUGUUAAGUACGAUCCUAGGUUGGGGAGCCAAGGGUCUUGCCUUCCUCGCCCAGAAUUUGUGGAUCGUGGCGAUCGUGAUUGCCGGAGCUAUAUUUAGGUAUUUGCAAAAUAGACGUAAAAAAUAAAUAUCCUUUUGUACUAUAAUAAAACAUAAUGAACCGAACGGUUGAACUUAUGCCUGAUUUCCGACGUAUGAACAAGGCAGAAAUCACCGGAGAUAGGACCCGGCACGUCCUAACCUUCAACCCCAACUCUACCAGACCCAAAGAAGAAAUUUACGUUAAUAUUCCAAAGCUAAAAGCCGACUCCGUUCUCGUACCGGACAGCAUGGCUCUCGUCUUCGACUUUAAGAACAGUAACACAAAGACGAUGCUGCAAACGACGAUGUGGAUGCCGCCGCAUUGUUCGAAGUAUUUGGAACGAGACAAAGAAUCCGAAUCGGUAAAAUCCUAAAAGAUCACGGACUUUACGUCCCACACAAUAUGGCAAACGAUCUACAGUAUGUCAUAACCCUACCAGCGGCAGAUGAAAUCAUGAACGCACAGGGUGGGGAAAAAGUGGAAGGGUAUACCCUGGAAAACAUCGAGUUGGAGUACGAAUCCAUCGACAACAUCGGAUUGACAAGAAAAGUGGAAAGACAGUACAACGUCGGACGUAAGCUGUCUUUCGAACAUGUAAUCCUGAUGAAAAAGACGGAAUGGAGUAAGGAUUCCACCAUUAUCAACGAAACGAUCAACGUGCCAUGCAGAAGCAUGAAAGCUAUCGUCAUGUUGUUUACGAACAAGACAAAGACAGACAGUGAAGAAUAUGUUUACCCCAACAUCGAAAAGGUUAGGGUAAGCGCGGAAGGUGCGCCCAACGCAGUCUACAGUCAAGGUAUUCCGAAAACAAGACUGUACGAAGAGGCAAGAGAUGUCUCCUUCAAUAGAUGUUUUCUUCUUGAUUUUAGCCACACUGCAAUCAUUUUCAGAUUGUUUGCCUGUUUGAGACGUAUAGCUGUUCCCUAAUGAUAGAGUUCGCUUUCGACGAUACGCCUGCUGACAAACGCUUGUCUUCGGGGAGCCAAUCUCUUGUAGGUUGGGAUGGUUAGCACUGUGAAAGACGUCUUGGUCGAAUUUGCCCAAAUAAGUAUAUGUACGCCGAAUAGCAACCUUCAUGGUCUGAGAAAUGAACCACUAUUCCAUGCUUCCUCUCAAGGGCCUCUUUGCAGCCCAACCACCUCUUAGGAGCCGAGAGCUUUAAAGCGAGAUGAUAAUGAAAGCCUUGUUGUUGGUGCUUUUCAAUACAACAUGCCCAGUGUUGUGGCGACGAUUGACUUCGUUGGGAAGUGAAAGCUUCGACUACAGCGUCCGCAAACGAUUGUUUCGUAGGAAACUUUUGAAGAUCGGCUUGGCUAUAUGUUAUUAAAUAGCAACGCCGUGGUUUUCUGCUAUGAAUUUCGUCUAUCGGAUGCGCCAUUCUGUACAAGAAUAAUAUUACGAUACGAAGGAUUCAAAUUUCCCGCGGUAUUAGUUAAUAAUUAACCACAUGUAAACAAACUUCACGACGGUAUUUUCGCUAAUUAAAACGUCAGACUCAUAUAAUAGUAAUUAAUCAUUUUUUAAUGCCAUUCAUAGCUUUUUGACAAAAUCUAUUGAAUGUAGAUCGCCUUAUUAUACCCUAGUGGGCGCAGACAAUCAGGAGCAAAAAUAAUGAGACAUUACGUGUUUUGAACAUUUUUUCUAUCUUGACAUAUCUAUACCCGUAUACUUCAAUUUUCCAUUGACUAUUUUACCCCUCCCCCCAUUGACAAUGUUGAGUAAUACCUUUCAGCGAACCAUAUGUGCUGGUAUCGUGACAACAACAUUGUUUUUCGGGGGGAAGGGGGCAAUUCUAGAAGUCUCAAAAAUUUUUGCACAAGAUUGUAGGUGUUUUUCGUAAACUGCAAAAACAUUCUCAUUUUAUUUCGAGCAUUUAUGUACGUAGCCGGUUGGAGCGGGCAACCAGGGGCGUAACUUGGGUCUCAAGAUUGGGGGUGUGUGGACUCAUUUUGCGCGACAAAAGGGCGUGGUCAGAAAAUACCACGCCCAUAUGCACACUAAGUAUAGAUUUUAUAUAUUACUCACAAUUAAAUGUACUAUUUGCAAUGAGAUAAAAUAUAAAUUUUGUCCAGGUAAACAAUAUUAUAUACAUAUUACAAAUUUACAAUAAUUCAAACAUAAUAAUUGGUUCAUGAUAGUUCGUAUAAAACUCUAAAAUGCUGAAUGAUAAGAUUUAUGCUACAUGGCCGUUUACAGGUGUACCUAUUUCGGUUCCUCGCACGUCAAGAAAGAACCGACUAAAGUGCAGUCGUGCUGGUGUGCGGCAAGUACAAAACGCAGGUUGCAGGUUGGGAAUUUUGCAGGUUGGAAUUUUGUAGGUUGCCAGGAACUUUGCAGGUUGAUCAUGUAAAUUUAAAAUUACACCACUAUAAAGUAUUCUAGUAAUUUAAUUGUGUACUUAUUGCAGUCUGAAUCCUUGUCAGCGCUUUUGAUAUCAGCCUAUCCUGCUACCAUUUUAAAUUCUCUUCAAAACACAUGUUUGUUUUUUGCCCGACGAAUUACUGAGUUUUGAGUUUUGCCCAAUCUCGUACCCAGAGUAUGCCCGUUCGCAGGUUAGGUGCUGGGCUGCGAACGGGCAUACUCUAGGUACUAUAGGUGUGCAUCUGAUCGGAUUGGACGUUUAUAAUCCGACAAUUGCCUAAUGUUUAAAAUCCGAUCCGAAAUUGUCUAAUCCGAAACCGAUCCGAUCCCAGUUUUGAUAAACAAUUCCAAUCCGAUCCGAUCCGAAGAAUUCUUUAAUAAAAUAAAUUUCUCAUUCAAGUUGAAAUAUUUAACUAAAUAAAUAUAAAAGCAAGAAAUACAUGUUAAGAAGCUGACAAAGUGACGUCCAAUUGAAGUAUCAAACGAAUAAUGCAGCGACAACCGCGAUAAUGCUUUGAUAAAUGCAUGGAUAAUUAAUUCUUGCGAUAAUGCGUGGAUAAUUAAUUCAUUUUAUUUCGGAUAUCGGCUUUAGAUUAAGGAGAGCUCGGGGCAGAUGCCGUUAGCGUGGUGCAUCGUGCGACUGAAUUAGCCUUUCUCACGCCGCCAUUUUUGGUGGCUUUUCAGCCGAAGUCUGCGAGAUAAGUCCACAUAACAGCGACUUUUUAUAGUUUUUUUGACGAAUGAUGGUAAAUUUGCUCGGUAAAUGGUUAGUUUAUUUUAAAAAAUUGCUUUUCACAUUGUUUUAAUUGUCUGCAUUGGUUAACGAGAAUUAGAUGCCACCCAAAAAUGGCGGAUAUUCGUCAGCGUGAGAAAGGCUAAUUGAUGUGAUUAAUUGAUCCUGAGUGAGAAAGUGCGGAAACGUCACAGACAACAUGUUUAGUCUAUGGCAUUCUGACAUCAACAUUUUCCCUAGACUUAGUUUCCAGGCCUAAACUGUGAUGAGAGUGUGCGAGCUGGUUAACCGAAGAAAACACGUCACACCGAAGUUUUUACGAGGGCGCACCUCAAUGGACUAGCCUCCCCCACUCCAAAAUAAAAAGUCAGCGAGCCCUUAGUUCGUGACGAUUAAGUUUCAGCUGCGUCCUUCAUUCCCUGCUGGCAGAGGUCUCUAUUUGUGCUGGGAACUCGAAGAAGAAGAGACCUCUGCCUAGAUCUGACACGUUUUCUGUCGUGCAUGUGCAAGAAUUGCCAUGACAACGAGUGAUUUUCACCACGUGAUAUCAAACCGGUUUUUGCGGGAGCAACUUGGUAAUUCAAAGACUUACCGUAGUUUGAAGGCAAACAAAUGUCAAUAUCGAUUUGAAAAUAUCAAUUACAUAACUUAGAGCACUUCAAACAACAUGAAAAACCUCGAAAUGACCACGCUGUCCAAGCCGCCAUUUUGACACUACGGGCUCAAUGUCAUUACAGCGUAAUUCAGCUCUAAGCAUGCGUACUAUUUGUUUCCCUAAACCGGUUUCAGAACUUGUUUUACAAACUGGUUUGACUCGUCCACGAUCAUGGACUGAGGAAGUGUCGGAUCUAGGCAGAGGUCUCUUCUCCUUCGAGUUCCCAGCACAAAUAGAGACCUCUGCCAGCAGGGAACGUCCUUCAUACAUAUUAUUAGAACCCUGUAUUAAAUAUACUUUAUUUUAUCGUUGUUGAUGCAGAUGUUGAUGUAUAUAGUUAUAGGGCAAUUGCUAGAUAGUAUACUUCAAAAUAGGGUUUCCGUUUUUAUAUCAAUUUUUUAUUUUUAAAAUAAGUUAGGGUUAGGUUAGGGUUUAGUUUUGCGUUAGGAUAGUAUUUUCUACGUUAUAAAAACGGAAACCUUAUUUUGAAAUAUACUUUCUAGCAAUCACCGUUUCAGAAUACUAGUUUCUUAUAAUGCUAGUUUCUUGUCAUUAGCACGGAUAUAACACUAGCAUUAAUAUCAAACAGCAACAUCACUAUGACUCCAUAACCAACAUCGACAUCUUGCAACUUCAACGUUAAACAACUAGAAAGUAUACUGUUGUUUGAUAUUAAUGAUAGUGUUAUAUCCGUGCUAAUGACAAGAAACUAGCAUUAUAAGAAACUAGUAUUCUGAAACCGGUGUUUCUAUUUUUAAUUUGUAGAUUUUGCCAACACUGUCAACACUUCCAGGAAAACCCUUCCACAAAUGUUUCAAACGAAGCCGUGAAGUUGAAGAAAUGUGGUUCAUAUACGAAAGCAUGAACAGUGAAAACGAGGCGCAUUUGACAAGUCUUUACUUAACUGGCCCUCCUGGUUCAGGAAAAACGCAGUUGGCGCGACAAUUCGGGGAAAAAUUUCUAAAACACACACCAAAUGACAAUAGUCCAGUAGUGUUGACAAUCAAUGUUGAGUCAAUGAAAUCGUUAAUAAAAUCAACAAAAGACGUGUUACAUCAGUUAAACCUGGUUAAGGCAGAUAAUACCAAAGAAAGCGACGAGAUUAAAGUCGUGCAAUUGUAUAUGGAAACAUUACGAAAUAUUCUAAUUAAAUACCCUGGAAAGUGGCUUCUAAUUUUCGACAAUAUGUUUUGUGAUAAAGAUUUUAAAGGAAUAUUACCGCAACCCGGUUGUGAAAAUUGGGGAGAUGGCAAAAUUAUCAUAACCUCCCAAAAUAGUGAUCUUGCUCCAGUCUGUCAUGAAUACGCUAAAACGUACACAUUGAUGCACGGAUUGGAAGAAAAAGAUGCAGUAAAUUUGCUUGGGAAAAUCAGUGGUCUUAAAGAAGAUGAAUUUGCCGUAUGUUUAGCAAGAGAACUGGAUUUUUUCCCACUAUCUCUUGCGUGCUCAGCGACCUAUGUUAGUCAGAUGAUUACAGAUCGUCCAUCUAGUAAUUUCUCGUGGAGAAACUUUCUCGAACUGUAUCGGAAACACAAAGGCAAGCUGACAUUUCGAGCUUUUGAAGCCAACGUCUAUCCCCAUUCGAUGGUUGUUGCUGCACGACUGGCUACAAACCGCCUAGCUGAAUAUAGCAAUGUCCUUCGUCAUGCAUUUGACUUCCUGUCAUAUUGCACCAUAAGCCCGGUACCUUUAGUCAUUGUUUCAAACUUUGUCCAAGCCUCGCUUUCGUGUGAUGCAAUAAGUGAUGAGAUCAUGGCUGAAAUUUCACGCUGUUCUUUACUGUCAAAUUCUUCCUCCUCAUUUGAAACAGUGGAAAAUAUUGAAUUCCAUCAGGUAAUGGGAGAAGCAUUCGUAAGCGUAAGAGAGGAACGGGCUGCCGCGCAAAAAUUAGAUACCGAGGAAAGGAGAAAGGAAUACGCCUCUUUACUACAUUCCUUACGAGAAAGUUUGGAAAAAGCGAUUUCAGAUUACGAUCGAACUAGCGUCUCCCUUAAGGUGUUAGCAAGUCCGCAUCUGAAGUCGAUUAUUAAUUUUGGCAAAGCUCAACAAUGGACUGAUUGCGAAGAGUUUGUUGUUAUCCUAGCCUUUCUUGCAGAUUGUCUUUAUCACGUUCCUGGUGUUACCGAAGCUGAACGCAUCUCAUAUUGUGAACUUGCUCAUGAAAUUGCGCAUCGUCUCCCCGAACCAAUGAAAAGUAUUCGGUACUGUCAUGUACUUAAAACCCUUGGUUUCUACUACCGAGAAGCAAAUCGCUUUGAAGAAGCUGUGGCUGUGUUAGAAGAAGCUGUGACUGUGUUAGAAGAAGGUCUGCGCUUGACGCAUGGUGAAGAUAGCAAAGAAUGGAUAGCACUAAAAUCAUCCACACUGAAUGUUCUCUCGUGGACGUAUAAAUUGCAGACCAAAUUCGACCUCGCAGAGCAGACUAUGAAGGAGUCGAUCCAUCUUGCUAAAAUAUCUUUCGGGGACAAUCAUCAAGAGGUUAUAGAGAGGCUUUGUAACUUGGCAAUAAUAUACCGCGAGAAACAAGACAUAUCCAAAGCUAAAGAGACAGCAGACCAGGCACGUCAAAUGGCUGAGAUCACGACAGACGAGUGGCACUUAACGAGAGCACAAGCAGCCAACUACUCGGCCAAAAUUUACUUACGCUAUGCGGAAAUGAUUGAUAACCCGGGAAAAAAGAAUGAACUGCUGAAUGAAUCAUUGAAGUUGCACUCUAAUGCAUUAACCAUUUACGAAAAUGUUUUGGGAAAGAAUCAUAUUUAUGUAGCAGGUGUGUGUAUGACUUAUGCCCUUGUGUACAAAGAACUAAAUGACAUUGAUCGUGCGCUUGAACUUGUGAAACGGGCGGAGGAAAUCUAUCAGGAUGUGGAACAUGUCCAGUUAAGUUAUGCUCUGCGUUGCAAGACUGAAGUAUUACUGCCUCUUGGUAAAGCUGACGAUGCUGAGAACGCUAUCAAGAGAAGCAUCGAGAUAGAAAACUGUGGCCGUGCAAGAUUUUUGUUAUCCGAUGUGUAUCUGCAACAGAAGAAAUAUCAAGAAUCAAGAGCUAUUAUCCAGGAGGUUCUGACCCGUUGGAAGUCAGGUGUUCUACCUCCAACUCAUAUUUGGGUAAAACAUGCCGAGAGGAUAAAGCAACAAUGUGAUAGAGGAAUACUUAAAACGUACAUUUUUAGACUUCUUCCGGUAGUUGUCUUGCUUGUUUCUAUCUUUCUGGGUAUUUGGUAUAAAAGUAAUAUGUAG